CUCCCCGGAGCCUUCUUUUCUCCAGGCUGAACAGCCCUGGAAUUGGAGAUUGAAUCUUUCAGAAGUAUUUGCUUUCUAAACUGCUAUCAUUGACUGUAGGCUUCUUGGAAGCGGAUUUCUAUUUGCUGACUGCAUAGGCAUUUUGUUGGCAGUCUUUUACUGAAAAUUCAUGAAAUAACAUUUGAAUUGCUUUUGGAUUUCUUCUAGGUUUUUGUUUGAUUUUUUGAAACCUAUGAACUGGGGAACUAUUUCAUUCCUUCUCCUUUUCUUAUUUUUUCUUUCUUCUAAAGAAUCCAGCACAAAGUAGGAUGCAAAAUAAUUGAGUAAUUUGUGAGACUGACUACAAAAUAACAUCCCCCAGCUUUCUCUAUAAUUCCCUUUUUUUAACUAAAACUUUGGCUUGCAGUAGAGACCGUACCAUCUUCUUACAGUUCCAGGUUUUCUUUACAACAUUAAAACCCAUCUUGAUCUACUGGGAUUUCUGUAAAUGAUGAUGCUUUUCUCACUUAAUUCCCAGUAACAGCCAAGCAUUUAAAUUGCUUACAGAUAUUUUUUUCCCAGAGUUAGUUAAAAUAUUUAACAUUACAAAAGGAACUGAAAAUCUCCAGUCACAAGUUUUUACUACUAGAUAGUCUACAUGAAACAAAGACUUGUAGGUAUUUUGUCCUCCUUUGACACGUGAAACCAGACUACCACUUUCCUACAGAGCUGCAUUCUGAGGCACAUAAGCAGUUUGGGAUUAUGCAGAGAAGACUCAGCCCAGUUUUCUAAACAACUUUUUCAUGCCGUGCCACCCACACGGAGAAGUUUGGGGUUUUCCUUGCCUCGCCAUACUUCCUUUUAUUCUGUGUCUUCAGUGGCUGUGGCAGUGUAUGGCCUGGAGGCUUGACUUGUGACUCUUGAGAUGCUUGAUGCAAUGAGCUGAUAUGCAAAUGCCUGGAAGGAUUAUCAAAACAUUCUUGUUACACCUUGAAAUCAAGGAGUUUAUGUGGGCUUGAGAAGUUGAAACUCAAGUCCAGACUUGAUUGUUAAGGUGUGUGUGUUUGUGCCUGGUAGCAUUUCUCAGGGGAAAUAUCCACACUGUAGCUUCUUCAGAGUCAAGGUUUAGUGGUAUCCAGGAAUCUGGCACAAGGCCUGCUAGUAUCAACUCUGCAUCAAGGCUUUUCAGCCUGUGAAGCACUGUCCUAGGGCUGAUGGUGCAGUUCAGAAGGAAGCCAUCUCACUGUGAUGAUCUCUGUUAUGUUUGAAAAUGUUUGCUCAGGAGAAAAUGUCUGGGGAGUGAGGGGGAAAAAGAGCAAAGAGAAACAAUAAAAAGCUGUGCACAAUGCCAGCUGCCAUCAGGGACUGAAGGUUUGUUUUCAGAGCAUCAUCUUUAGAAACAUUGCUUCCAAUAAUUUCAUCAGUCAGAAAAUUGUACCUUUUAUCUUUUUGUUCCGUUUCCAGCACAGGUUUUUAUGGAAGAAGAAGCUGUUCUGAACGUCAGGCAGGUUAAGCCCCGUGCCUUUGGAAGGGCUCUCUGAAAAAGACUGAGUGCUGUGCUGUGAUUGCCCAAGGAUGGUACCACAGCCUGUGGUGGGCUGCAGGUGAUGGAUACAGGUUUGGAACGUGCGGUAUACUGUGGGGCAGCAGUGGGCAUUCUCAGCAGAGGAUUCUCAUGACAUUUCCAGAAAACCACAAACUAUCCCCGAGCACCAAAUAAGUAUUCUCUGUUCUGAUAGUUUGAAGUAAGCUUUGAAUGUGGGAACUUGUUUGACAUUAAUGGAUAGUAUAGAGAACUGCUGUGCACUGCAGUGCUCACUGGGAAGGCUGUGAAUAGCGUAAUCAUGAGCAAGCUGCCAAUAGUUCAGAAAAAGGGUUUUCUGCAUCUAUCCCUCCUUGAUUAUUCACACUUUAGACAGUUUGGUGGGAGUUCUACAUAGUCUUAAGCUUUCCGUGCCCACCAUCCUCCCUGAUAGAAGCAGCAAGCAGUCUUUUCCCCGUGUGGGCGAGUGUUACUAGCGAUGUCCAAAGGGCAAAUGUGGAUUCAGAACAUUUUUGCAUUCUUUUGGCUAAGGAUCAAAUGAAAUUAGAAAGCCAUUUGACUGCCCAGUGUUACUACUGAUGCAGAUGGCUGGGUGGCAGGGAGCUGCCUGGGGAUCAGCUGAGAGGCCACUGAGCUUUGAUGUGAUCCUGAAGCCAUCUUCCUACUGAAACAGGGUAAGCAUUAGGUAAGAAUGACUACAUUAUGCUAUUAGAUGUUUCAAGAUGUCAUGUGUCUCUUCUGUAAACAGCCUUCGGAAAUGAGAAUAAAGAUCAUCAGCCCAGCCCAGUUCUGUGGUUAAUGCUUUUUCCUGGUUCGAUCUGGUUACUUACUUCAGGCAUUAAUGAUCUUGUUGAGAGACUGUCUAACAAAUGUAUACCAAGGGAAAACAGUUCCAUGUAGUAUGACACCUCCUCGUGGCUUCAUGUGUGACCAGAACUGGGAGAGUCAGCUCAUUUCAGAGCCAGCAGUGCUGCAUGAGGAGCAGGCAUGUCCCGAGGUCAGGUGCAAGCAGUGCUGAGGCAGGCAGGGCAGGAUGUGUUUAGAAGACAGGCAGUGCCAGCCUGCAGUCAAAAGCUGAAAUGCUUUCUGUUUUUACCUGCGUGCAUUUAAACCAGAUAAGCUUUUAGCAUGCCUUGUUUCACCUUGGUGCAAAUUAUUACAGGUGAGUGAUAACUGAAAAUGUGAGGCUUUAAAAUCACUGUAAUUUUACAGCUGCAGUGUUUUAGUACCCCAGCAUCUCCUGUUUCCCAAAUAAAUGUGAAGGCACAGUUGUGCUCAGAGCUCAGCGCCUGUUUUUCACAUGAUAAAAUGCCGUUUUACUGCUAUCUUUCUCCACCCCAAUCCCGGGUUCCAAUUAAACAGCAACCCCAGGAAUCACUUCUUUGUGCACUGAUCUGAUCUGAAGCCACGAGCAGCUGCAGAAGUUAAGCUGGGCAGGAUUUUUCCCUUUGGCACGUACUGCAUGCCCCUUAAUUAGCUGACAAGCGCUUGAAGGCUAGUGAUUUUCAUUCUGCUUUAGGAGAGUGUUCUUCUUUUUAAGAUUUUAAUUUCUCAGGUUGGAAUUUGAGGAAUCGGGUGGUGAAACACAAGUUUGCAGGGUCCAGCAAUCCGACCGCUCUGAGGGGCUUUGUGAGAGGGAACACUUGGAUUGCAGAGUGGCUGGAGACUCCCUGCAGCUCUCCUCCUGCCAGAGCAUAGCAUCUGCAGACAGGGAUGGUGUUUCUGAAGGGGAAGUGUCACUGUCUAGUUGCUACCAACAUCCCAGAAACGCCGCCUGUGUGAAAAUUACUGUACUGGGGAAAUAACCUAGAUUUUCACCAGUCUGAUUUGGGUGUGUUGCCAGGCAACACGGGCUAACGGGGGUUUGUAUGUGUUCUUUAGGUAGGUGUAGACAGUUCUCAUAAGCUCGCAGGUAGGCAGAGGCUGACCCACUGCAGCAGGAUGAGGAGUUCAGCCCUGCAUGCUGAACUUUCACUAAGAGAACUGAGAGAAAAAGCAGCUGGAUCAGACCCAGAGCUGACGUAUCCUGUUUGAUUUCUUUUCCCCUCGCGCUCCGACAUGCUUUGUGUUUCGGCAGGCUUUUGUUUCUGCAUACAAGUUGCUGUAAAAAAUUGGGGAGCGUGUCUGGGGGUGCCGGCGGCGAUGUACUGAGCUCGAUGGGCUGGGUUUCCUGUGAGGGCUUUGUUCCUCCUACCACGCUCAGGUCGGUUGUGCAACAUGCCCCUACGCUUUGAGAAGAAAAAAAAAAAAAGUGCUGAGUAAUGCCAGAGGUUUCUCAAAUGGCUGAUGCAAACCUGGAGAAUUUGCAUCAUCAUUCAGCUGGAGUAACUUGGUACGACAAGAGCUUAAAUACAGGUCCACGCGGAAGCUGAGCUGGUUCCCAACGAUAGGGCAGUGCCCGUGGGCAGGGUGAGGGUGCAGGUGCUGCGAGCACUGGCAGGCAGCGGGGCAGAGCAGAGCUCUACCUACACGUAGGAGCAACGCCGCCGAUAAGAGGCGGCGGAGGAAGAGGCUGAGAGAGGAAAAAGCUUGUGAACUUUUUGGCUGUGCUCGCUGUCAGCACGCUGGUGACACGGUAGCAUGGUGAGGAAAGCUGCCGUCGUGACAGUGUCUAAUGGGAGCUACUUGCAGGGGCAGCCGAAUGGCAGGUUGCCCUCCAUGGACAGCAGGCAGCCGCAGGAGAAGGUGGUACUGAAGAAGAAAGUCACGCUGCUGAGGGGGAUCUCCAUCAUCAUUGGCACUAUCAUUGGAGCUGGCAUCUUCAUCUCACCCAAGGGGAUCCUGAAGAACACAGGCAGUGUGGGCAUGUCCUUGAUGGUCUGGACAGCAUGCGGCAUCCUCUCGCUCUUCGGUGCCCUCUGCUAUGCUGAGCUGGGAACAUGCAUUAAGAAAUCUGGUGGUCACUACACGUAUAUCCUGGAGGCCUUUGGCCCGCUGCCUGCUUUUGUGAGAGUCUGGGUGGAACUGCUCGUUAUUCGCCCUGCUGCCACAGCAGUGAUAUCUUUGGCAUUUGGACGCUACAUUUUGGAACCUUUCUUUAUGCAGUGCGAAAUCCCAGAACUUGCGAUUAAACUUAUUACAGCUGUUGGCAUCACGCUAGUGAUGGUCCUGAAUAGCACAAGCGUCAGCUGGAGUGCCCGCAUUCAGAUUUUCCUUACCUUUUGCAAGCUUGUAGCAAUUCUGAUAAUUAUAGUCCCCGGAGUUAUCCAGCUAAUUAAAGGAGAAACACGGCACUUUAAAAAUGCCUUUUCAGGGAAUGAUGCCAGUAUUAUGGGAUUACCACUUGCUUUCUAUUCAGGAAUGUACGCCUAUUCGGGCUGGUUUUACCUCAAUUUUGUUACCGAAGAAGUGGAAAACCCUGAAAAAAACAUACCCCUCGCAAUAUGCAUUUCAAUGAUUAUCGUCACAGUUGGCUAUGUGUUAACAAACGUGGCUUAUUUCACUACAAUCAGUGCUGGGGAAUUGCUGCUUUCAAAAGCUGUAGCAGUGACCUUUGCCGAACGAUUAAUGGGAAGCUUUUCUUUAGCUGUACCAGUGUUUGUUGCUCUCUCCUGCUUUGGAUCUAUGAAUGGUGGCAUUUUUGCAGUCUCCAGGAUGUUCUUCGUUGCCUCCCGUGAGGGUCACCUUCCGGAAAUUCUCUCCAUGAUUCAUGUCCGCAAGCACACUCCUCUGCCAGCUGUCAUUGUUUUGCACCCUCUCACAAUGAUAAUGUUAUUCAGUGGGGAUCUCUACAGCCUCCUGAAUUUCCUCAGUUUUGCCAGGUGGCUUUUUAUUGGACUGGUAGUUGCUGGCUUGAUUUAUCUCAGAUAUAAACGUCCUGAUAUGCCUCGUCCUUUCAAGGUGCCUCUAUUUAUUCCAGCAUUGUUUUCCUUCACCUGCCUCUUCAUGGUUGCACUGUCACUUUACUCCGAUCCAGUCAAUACAGGGAUUGGAUUCGCAAUAACCCUGACUGGAGUUCCUGCCUACUACCUCUUUAUUGUAUGGGACAAGAAACCAAAGUGGUUCAGAAAGCUCUUAGACACUGGAACUGAAGCAUUGCAAAUCCUCUUGGAAGUUGUCCCGUCAGAGGAGGACCAGAAAUCAUGAUCUGCAUCUACCCAAAAACGCAGCCUUUGGCUUGAUGUUUCAUUUCAACCCGAGGAAGAGCGUGUGGAGAUGUCUUCCUCCUCCUAGUGCUCUGCAAAAUGGAGGAACAAAUCACAGCUGAGAUGGAUACUGAGUGUGUCAGUUGCCAGAACUGUAUUUUAUGAUGUUGCAAUUAUUUUUUUUUUUUAAUGUGGUUGGUUUAUAUGUAGAGAGCAAGAACUUAUGCCAUAAGGACUCUUUACUAUUUUUUGUUAGUGUUAUGUUUUAAUGAAACAUAGAUUCUUCAAACAAGGAUUUUUGUUGCAUUGUCACUUAAAGUAAGUUUAAGCAUUGUGUAAGUAAUAGUCAGGUGUACUGUGAAGAAGGUAUCCUACUUGCUGUCCUGAAGAACCUACUCUGGCUAGGGAAAGGGGCAGAUGAAGCUGCUGAGUAUCACUUAAUAAUGUUCUUCCUCUCCCUCUGUUUGGCAACCCUAAUUUACUUAUGUCUUGCUUGGAGCACCGGUGCAUUGAUGCAGAAAUACAGUGGUUUCUACUGCGUUUGUGGUGGUGAGAUCAAGGUAUAACAUAACACAUAAAAGCAUCUUCUGAGAAUUAGUAUUUCUACCAGCGGGACAGGUAGAUUUUAGCCUGAGGGCAGUAAUUUCAUACAUGUUCAAGUUUCUACCAGUCAAGAAAUUAUGACUAUUUUUGCCAACAUUUCUUUGUCUGUGUAUAUGAGAAAUACAGCAACAGAGUAAUUACCUUCAAAUCGGUAUUUGAAUCCGAUCUCCGUUGUUAUAUGAAUAUUUUCUAUCUGGAAGCAUACAAACGUGCAUUUAUCAGUCAGGCAAACAUGAUUUUAGAGUUUUAGAUAAUUACUUAUGGGCAGCAAAUGAAUAAUGGUCACUGGUUUUAUAAUCUGUGGGAAUUUUGUAUAGACACGGCAAUAAAUGCAAUACUGUUUUAUGAGUAAGGUGUAAGGCAAGCUACAACAGAUUUGCUGAUUUGAGUUGGGAACACAUCUAAUCUGUGGGUUUUUUAUUCAAGCACACUCCAAUUAAUUGGGCUUUGAAACACCCAGGGAACAGGUGCUCUGCCAUCUUCUUCCUGGUUUUAUCUCAGCUGAAACAGAGAAAAGCUAUCAAAACUGAUAAAAUCAAACUAAAUUGAAGUUUCACCUUCAGAAUGAUGUUUGAUCUGAAAGCUGGCUCAAAUAUGAGCUGAAAUUUUGCCCUAUAAAAAAAAAAAAUGGAGAUAAGGAAUUUUUUUAAUGCUUAAAAAUUCAGUUUUAUACAAUUAAUGAGAGACUACUCAACCUUAAGACUAAGGUUUGUUAGCACUCCGUUAAGAAUAUAACGCUUACUGAAUGCACUACUUUUUGAGCUGUUUGCUAUUAGCAAAUUGUACGUUUCAUGAAAACUUUUAUGGAACUAAGCAACAUUAGACUUCCUAAAUAGGGAGGAAAGCACAACUUAUAGCCAGACCACUACAGUAAAGGGAGACUGUAUUUUGUACAUGUGUUGUAUAUAUCCAGAAUAUUUACCAUUUUAAGGGUGUACAGUAAAAUAUCUUAAAAUUCCUAAAUGUUUUUCUUUCUUGUAUUUCUGUAGUGGAAUUUCAUAGAAGUAGGGAAAUGGGAGUAACUGAUGAUCUAGAAGAGUGGAAAUUUAAGGCAGAGAGCAUUCUCCAAGCUAUUUUAACUUUAAAUAUUUGCUGUUUACGGUAACUUAAAGUGUUAUUUGAAAAUUCUUUUAGGCAAACACUUUGGCUAGAUUUUUGUACUGACAGUGCAAGCGGUUAGUUGGUAUUUACACAUGGGGCAGAAGUGUGCUUUUGAGGCCAUCUCCUGCCCAUCCCAGUCCCCCACGUUUUGACCUGUGUCAGCAUGGAACACCUUAGGCGUACACCAUCUUCAUCCAUUUCUCAUGGAACCAAAGGCUUUUUGCCCUCCGGGAGCAGGACUAUCACACUCCUUGUUUAUGAAAUCCCACCAGAACAAAGCCUCCUCCACACUGAUACUGUGGGCAGCAGGUCUUCCACAUCAGCUGUUUAACUCUGCGUAUUCACUCCUAUUGUGCCGUAUUACUUGAAAAUUUAGACAUAGCCAGUGUUAAUUUGUAGAAAUAAAUGGCUCUGUAAGUAUAACUGAAUCUUACUUUAUUUCUGUUGUUUUUGCCGUCAUGGACUUUAAAGUUUAGGAAUGUUUCUGAAGUCUGACCCAAUGACUGUAUUUUACUGUAUUUUCUGUUCGUGUAAGGGCUUAAUUUGUCCUGAGAGAGCUCCUUUGACUCAUUGUUUGUGAAGAUGUAUAUUUUGGGAGAAAAGAUGUUACCUGCAAAAUAAAAAAACUAAUUUUUUUU